UUCUGGCAACAUUGUAUCCAUUGUGUAACCAUUUCUAUUUGGGGCCUUCUGCUGCAGUGUUGCCAUGUUCGUUGUUUUCCUGCUAUUUGAGCUACUUUGAAAACGAUGCAUUGGUCGCGGGUUGCAGGUUUUUGGGCUAUUUCUACGUUGCACCGCGGCCGCCAAGGCAUACUGCUCUUAAAAAUAUAUUUCACUGUGACCUGCUCCUGACUGUCACGCAGUGAGAAAGGCUGUUGCUGGAUGGACAGACAGGAUGGAUGUCGGAUUUCGCUGCCCCGUUAUCCUUUGCCUAACCCUGGCGGUUUUGGCCUCGGUUCUGGCCGAUUUGGAUGACACUUUAAUGGGGGCACCCGGGUCUUCUGUCCGUUUGUCGGAAAACGACCCAGGUUUGAAGAAGGCACUGAAGUUUGCAGAGGAGCGCUAUAACAUGGGGUCCAAUACGAUGCACGUUCGUAGGGUUAGCAAGAUCCUCUCUGCCAGUAAACAGCUGGUGAAGGGUAUCCGAUACAGCAUCAUGGUGGAGCUAAGUAACACCCAGUGUAAGAAGGCUGCCAGACUGAUGACCUGUGACUUCUACCCAGAGGAACACAACCUGAAGACGGAGGUGUGUGUGUUUGAGGUCUGGGACAUUCCCUGGGAGAGCAAGUCCACCCUGCUCAAUCAGAAGUGCCAGCCAGCAGUUGAUCCCAAACCAGUUGAGACCAACAAAGUAGAAUUUCUGUCCCUCUCCACAAGCAAACCAGUUGAGGAGACAGAGGAUUUCGUGGAGCUUCUGGGUCAGUUCAAAGAGUUCAUGGUCAGAUACAAUAGGACUUACAGCAGCCAAGAGGACACUGACCGGCGGCUGCGUAUCUUCCAUGAGAACCUGAAGACCGCUGAGAAGCUCCAGUCUCUGGACCUGGGCACAGCCGAGUACGGAGUCACCAAGUUCAGCGAUCUCACAGAGGAGGAGUUUAGGACUCUGUACCUGAACCCCCUGCUGAGCCAGCAGAAACUUCAGCGGUCCAUGAAGCCUGCAGCCAUGCCCCACGGCCCUGCCCCGCCUAGCUGGGACUGGAGAGAGCAUGGAGCUGUCAGCCCUGUCAAGAACCAGGGCAUGUGUGGUUCUUGCUGGGCAUUCUCAGUGACAGGAAACAUUGAGGGCCAGUGGUUUGUGAAAACGGGUAAACUAGUGUCUCUCUCUGAGCAAGAGCUGGUGGACUGUGAUACUGCGGACCAGGCCUGUGGGGGCGGGCUUCCAUCAAAUGCAUAUGAAGCUAUUGAGAAGCUGGGUGGUGUGGAGACAGAGACUGACUACAGCUACACCGGCAAGAAGCAGAGCUGUGACUUCACCACCGACAAAGUCACUGCCUACAUCAACAGCUCUGUGGAGCUGUCCAAGGACGAGAACGAAAUUGCUGCUUGGCUGGCUGAGAAUGGACCAGUAUCUGUGGCCCUGAACGCCUUCGCAAUGCAGUUUUACAGGAAGGGCGUGUCCCACCCUCUGAAGAUCUUCUGCAACCCCUGGAUGAUUGACCAUGCAGUGCUGCUCGUGGGCUACGGAGAACGUCAAGGCAAACCUUUCUGGGCCAUCAAGAACAGCUGGGGAGAGGACUAUGGAGAACAGGGUUACUACUACCUGUACAGAGGAUCCAGGCUCUGUGGGAUCAACACGAUGUGCUCAUCUGCUAUUGUGAACUAGGCGACAUGACUCACACACGCGCGCACACACAAACACGUGAUCUGAAUAAUAUUUUAUUCCAAUCUUCACCUGGGAUAAAACAAAAACUAACCGCCCUAACUGUGUAGUCAGAACACUGCACAAUGCACUGGAAGACCUGCUGACAGUUUACUUAAAUAGGGGAAGCAGCAUUCAUUCAUACCUCAUUCUUCUCUUUCAAAACAAACCAGCUCCGAUGAAGCUAUAGUUCUGAGGUAACACUGAUCUUUUGUUGUGAUUUUACUACUAGCCUUUAAGGAUAUUUUAAUUGAAUUGCUGUGUUUUAGGCAGAGGUAAUUUCGGUAAUCUCUUUACAAUAACAGAGUCUAAAUGAUAAAGGGGGUGUCAUAUAUUUAGACUUCAGUCAUGCUGUUUAGUGUCCGUUAUGUUCCCCUGCAUCUGACUACUCUCUGUGCUGAUGCUCUAGUGUAGAAUUAAUGCUUAUGCAUUUUUGCUAGACUUUUCGUCUGUUGUAACGUGUUCUGUGCAAUACCACAUAACGUCAAUCUCUCCCCUUAGUUUACAAUUUACAACUUCAAUGUGCAAGUACUUGUAAUGAAUGGGUUUGCAUGUUUGUAUUUUAUUUUAAAAGGAUCAUACAGUGACUGAUGUGUAGCCUAUUAACUGUUACAUAUUGCAGUGCUGUGUAACUAGACAAACUAAGGUUUGAUAAAACAAGUAUUUUAUCCAUUAAUAAAAAAUAUAUCUUAUCCAUUA